AUGGGAAACGCCUGUCGCUGCGAGUCCAAGUGGUUUAAUGCACACCUGAAUUCGGGGGGAGCUUUCUCGAGUAGGGAUUUGAAGGACCAAGAAGCCAUCGCUCUCACGACAGGGGUGAUUCUGAAUGAGCCAGUGCUUUCUCUAGAACACUUCAUUGUUUUUUUGGUGUUUGUUUUUUAUUUGUUUUUAGAUUUUCUUCCGUUACAAUGCGAUGCGUGUAAACAAGAUUUCCAUAAAGACCAUUUUACUUGUGCUGCACAUAAAUGUCCAUUUGCAUUCGAGAAGACUAGCCAUAUUCCAGUGCGCCCACUUUGUAACAAACCAUUACCGGUAAAAAAGGGAGAGAUCCCAGAUGUGGUGGUUGGUGAGCACAUUGAUUGAGAGUGUAGCUGUCAUCCUCGGAAGAAAGAGAAGGUGAGGACAAAUUCUGUCCACUCUGUGAAUGGGGAUUUUUUUCCGUAGGGGGGAAAGGUCCAUUAUCUAACUAUCUAAUCGUAGUCCUAAUCGUCUGCUUACAGAUGAAACCUUAGUGAUGUCAGUGCUUUCCCCAAGUAGUGGACGGCAUGGGCUUUUACAGAUACGGGAACGUAUUUUCUAAAUAUUAGAGUCUCUGCUAGGAUCUGCUGCUUCUAUAGGAAUUUCAUACUUUUUCUCCCAAAGUGAAGAGCUAACGUGGUUUCUAGAACCGUUUGGUUAAGGUGCGCUUUUAUUAGCUGCUCCUAGUGAAACGUAAAAGGGUAUAUACAAUUUGACCUUGCAGCGUUCUUCGUGAGAGUUGUACGUUUGUUCACUUGGAGUAAAUCAUGCCAGUGAAAAUAGCAGGCCCCAUUCUCCUCACCAGUCUUGGUCGCUUGGGCUCCGUCCUUUUCUCCAGGUGUGUGCGCUGCUGUGUCUCGGGUUUGUCUUAUUCCCUUGUAGUCGUGGGCAUCGUUAGCUGGUUCGGCACGGUGUAGGCUGAGCAUGGGCUACCGGCCCCAUUGCUACGCUGCCACCUGCCUGGCUGCCCGCCCCCGCCCCGCCCUGGAGACGAGUGGGGUCCCUGCACAGGCCUUCCGGGGCUCGUCUCUCUGAGGACACAGCUGAGCGAUUCUGUCUGUAUUUCUCUUAAGGCUAGAUCCAAGUUUCCCUAC